UGAGCGGCCAAUGGCGCAGCGCUUCGUGUAGAAAUCGCAGUCGGGGCGCGGGGGAAGCUCUGCGCGAGCGCUGGCGGCGGUGGGGCGGGAGCGGUGCGCGGGGCGCUGAGGGGCAGCGGCCUCUGUGCUGGCGGCGGCGAGCGUGGGCCGAGGAACCAGAGAAAUGGCCACUACUCAAUCUGUCUUCACAUUUGCUCUCUGCAUUUUAAUGAUAACUGAAUUAAUACUGGCCACAGAGAGCUAUUACGAUAUCUUAGGAGUUCCAAAAAAUGCAUCGGACCGCCAGAUCAAGAAGGCAUUUCACAAGCUGGCUAUGAAGUACCACCCAGACAAAAAUAAGAGUCCUGGUGCAGAAGCGAAAUUUAGAGAAAUUGCUGAAGCAUAUGAAACAUUAUCAGAUGAGAAUAAACGAAGAGAAUAUGAUCAGUUUGGCCGUCACGGAGGACAAGGAAAUAGUGGAAGCCCAUUCCAUCAGUCAUUUAAUUUCAACUUUGAUGAUCUGUUCAAAGACUUUGACCUCUUUAGUCAAAACUCACGGUCAAAAAAGCACUUUGAAAAUCACUUCCGAAGUCAUCGGGAAGCUCACAAUCGGCAAAGACGUUCUUUCCAAGAGUUCUCCUUUGGAGGUGGACUGUUUGAUGAUGUGUUUGAAAAUAUGGAAAAAAUGUUUUCGUUUAGUGACUUUGAAAAUGCACACCGACAUGCGGUGCGAACUGAUACCAGGUUUCACGGAUCCAGCAAGCACUGUAGGACUGUCACUCAGAGACGAGGAAACAUGGUUACUACAUAUACGGACUGUUCUGGACAAUAAUAUUUCCUUUUCAUCUCUUCUCUUCUUUCAACAUCUUCGUAAUAUUUCUUGGUUUUGUGCUAACAUGGAAAAAUUCUUCAGACUGUUUGUUCUAAAAAACACUUAACUGCUAUAAAGAAAUUGUAGAUGAAACUAAUCUUCAGAAUAGAAAGAACAGGCAUUUGGGAAGUAAGUGUCUCAGUAACUACCUAGAAUGGGAGAGAAAUAAUCUCAUAUGACAGAAAAAAAUCAUAUAUAUUUCUGUUUAGUUAACACUUUCUCUAAAGUUGAACUUCAACACAAGAUAUAUAUUUUUAAUUUCAGAAAUGUAAUAUAAUUUUUUUCAUAUGCCAAUUCAGGACUGUUUGAGUUACUGGUGCAUGGAUUGCAGCAGAGAAGAUACUUUAAUUUUCAAGUGCUGCUUUUUUUUAUCAUGUCUUUCCAAAUUUUCACUUGCAGUUUUUACCUGAUGGGGACUUACUCUGCAAGUUAUCUAAUUUACUCAAAAUACCAGAAAUAUGAUUUACCUGGGUCUUAGUUACUUUGUCCAGCAUUGCAAAUGUAUUAAAAAAAAACUUUUUGAAGUUGGAAAACAACGAGAGGGAAUAUGUUAAGAUUGUGCUUCACCUGGGAGUAUGAUGUAGGAAUUGCUUUUACUUCCAAAUAGCCAGAUUUCAUUGGCCUGAAAAGAUUUUAGGUUUUGAAUAACCCUUGACAUAUUUAAGGGAUGUUCAUGUAUGUAAUUUUGUGUGCAUACAAGGUUUUGGGUUUUUUUCUUUCAAGAUACAAAUACCUCUUUAACAAGGUUUGGAAGAAUAUAGAAAACACUCUUCGUUUUAUGCUUAUUAUAUUACCAUGUGUGCAGUGUAGUUUCCAUAGCUCAGUUUAUUGAACUUAAAUACUCCUCUGUGCUCUUGUGAACUUAAGAUAAGCUUGCCUACAGAUUCCUAGUGUUUCUGGAAGGUUCUAAAUAAAAUACAGAUAGAUUGUGUUUAGAUUGACAGGCUUAUUACCUGUCAGCAGGAAUUUUUCAGCAUUGUGAUUUGAAAGGUAAAUUCUUACCAUAAACACAAGAUAAACCUGAGAAUUACAAUUGUAUUUAUCUAAUGCCUUGUGGUGCUUACUUUGCUAAUCAGGACAGUACUAAUGGGUAUCAGUUUCAGCACCAUGGAAACCCAUAACUUGUCUAUAAACUGUUUAAAACUAAAAAAAACCCCAAACAACAAAAAACCAAACAACAACAACAAAAACACCAAACCAAAACAAAAAAACAACCCACAACAAAACUUCUGAACACUUGAACUGCUGUCAGUCCAAAAGUUUGGGUUUAUUUUUUCACUAGUAAUACAGGCUUAGUAUAUUAAAUAAGUUCCCCUUAGAGUUUACUGUCACCCACCUAUUCCUGUCCCUUUAGAACUGUGAGAUAAGAAUUUACCUUUCAGAUUGAUUGGAUGAGCAAAACAAGCAUUUUAAACAGCAGAGUUGUAAAUAGGCUUUGAGUUCUUAAAAUCUUUAUCAAAAGAGGUUUAACCCUUUGCUUCAAAAAUGGAUUUUGAAAGCUGCCUAUUUGCUAAGUAACUUUAACCUUCCCCUCAAGGGUAUAUAUUAUUGCUUGUUCAGUUUUCAUUCACUAAAUACUUGGAAUGGAUUGUUGCAUUAUAUUAAGUGCUUUUUCUUUUCCAUGUUCUUCUUUAUUUAUUAAUAGACUAAUACCUCAUAUAUGGUCUUUAUAAAAAGCCAGUAAUUUGUGCAAGAUUAUCGGAAUGUGCAAUAUUCUUAUAGUAGGAAAAGUGCUGGAGUGAGUGUGUUUUAUUUCCACCCUUUUUCUGUGCAAGUAGAAAUUUUUAGUUUCUUCUGUGUAAUUAAUGUAUGAUUCAACCAAAAGUUCUAAUUCAUGUAGAUUUCUGCAUUUUUUAACAUACAUCAGUCCUGUGCAUCACGUUAUCUGCCUGAUUAAUAUCAUAUGGGCAUCCAAGUGAACAAAUUACUGAAGUUCUGAAUUACUUUCACAAAUACCAAUUUUUUUAGAGGGCAUUUCUGAUGCAUUUGAGGAGAAUUUUUCAUGCUUUAUCAGCUUUCAAAAGGUGGUCUUUAGUAUGAAAUGUAAGAGAGUAUUAGCAAAUGUGACUUGGGUAUGAUUGCUGGAACUUAAGAGGUGAGAGGCAACUCUAGAAGGAGGAUGCAAAGGUAAAAUGUUAAUGCCUUUAUUAAUCUAGUGAGUAUUUUCUUAUAUGUGGAAACAGCAGAAUGAGCAGUUUUUAAGCGUGGGAGAAGGAAUAUUGAAGUUUCUUCUAGAAGCAAACCUUUGACUUCUCCAAAGGUAGUUUUCUCCAGUUAGGAACUCGGGUCCAUUCCCUAAUCUUGAGUUAGAGGAAUAACAGCUAAAAUGAGCACUGUAAAUUGUAGGAAACACAGCCGCCCCCAAGACUUAAGUCUGUUUUGAGUGACUGUAUGAGUUCACCAUCUUUUAGGCUAAACUUUUAGGUAAAAAUUAAGGGUUCUUGGCUGUUUCUAGGUUAGCUUCCUUUCUUUAAGCAUGAUUCAAACUUUAUUCAUAUAAAGUGUACUUGUUUGCCUUAAUUUUUGAAGUUAAAAGUAUGAAAUGGAUAAUAAAAUGAUAGACCUGCUAGUUUUCUAGCUGAUAGUACCUUAAAAAGACUUCCGCCUAGUCUAUUUUUAUCUGCUUCCAUAUUAGUUCUCUUCAUGGCUUGUCACAGGAAGACCAACAAAUACUUCCUAUUACUCCUGUGGCUUCUCCAAGUGACCUUUCAGCUUGGUUUGGUUGUUGAUCCAAGGUCAAAUCUUAGGGAGAGCUUGCCAUUAGUAUUGCAGAGUCUAGUGUAUGGCUAUCCGUAUGAUUUUUCUAUGAUUGGUAUGCUUUGAGUAGGCUUCAGGUGAAGAAAUUUAGGCAGGCUUUCCUCCGCCAGCAGUCUGCAGUUUCAUGGCUAUCAGAACAGAAGCUUGCAAAAUACGUUGCACUUCUCACUUAUUCAUAGCUCUUGCACAUUCUUCUCCUAUUUAUAGUGAUCGCCUCAUGGCAGGCUCGCCAGCGGAAGUCUUGAUACAACCUUCUGACAUCCCUGACUUCAGAAGCUUAAGUGCCAUCUUUGAUCUCCUUAUCUUGUGAAAAGACCCAGCAAAACCUAUUUUUUUUUGUGUGAGGGUGAAAAAUACAAUUAAUUUUUUAAAGGCAUUUAUGCAUAUGUAACUCCAAAUGGUUGAGUUUCUGUAACUUUACCAAAAUUAGUGGGUUUCUUUCAUGUUUGUUUUUCCCAUUAUGCUUUUGAAACACAGUAUCUAGUGGAGAUGAAAGUACUGUAAACUUAAUUAGGGUACCAUUACAUUAAACAUGUGACAACUG